AUGCCAGUCAUCACACAGCCAGAGUUAUCAGUAAGUUGGAACAAAUGGGUGAUCGUUCCAGCAUCUAUGAGCUUAUCGGGAAUCUUCCUCUGGGUGACACAGCAAGCCGUAUCAACCCCUUUCACAGCCACUGAGGUUAGACCUGCUUGGUUUAUAGCUUUAAAGGCAUAUUCCACUUGGUACAACCUGCCUUCUGGCGAGAAGAUAGUAAUGUGCCUAUCGAAACCUGCACUGCUUCCUCGCGACAUGCUGGAGCACUAUUUUAAUGAAUCUUGGAAGCCGAAAAGUUCAAAUAAAACAGGAUGA